CGGCGGGAGACGGGGGGGUGAGCCGCCACCUUGACGGGAAUCUAGUCCGUACAGCUUCUGGGAGUGGACGCCAUUUAUCCCCUUUUACCACCGACAUCUCGGCUCAUCCACCUCCUGCCGCUCCACAUCCGAAAGUCCAUUCCCUGAACUCCAUUUGGCACGAUGGCAGCAGAGCAGGAGAUGCCUACUUUCAAGCUGGUCCUGGUGGGCGAUGGUGGCACUGGCAAGACCACCUUUGUCAAGCGCCACCUGACGGGAGAAUUUGAGAAGAAGUAUGUGGCGACCCUCGGUGUGGAGGUGCACCCCCUGGUCUUCCACACCAACCGUGGCCCCAUCAAGUUCAAUGUAUGGGACACCGCUGGGCAGGAGAAGCUCGGAGGGCUGCGUGACGGCUACUACAUCCAGGCCCACUGUGCCAUCAUCAUGUUUGACGUCACCUCCCGUGUUACCUACAAGAACGUACCCAACUGGCAUAGAGACUUGGUCAGGGUGUGCGAGAACAUUCCUAUCGUGCUGUGCGGCAACAAGGUGGACGUCAAGGAUAGGAAAGUGAAGGCUAAGUCAAUCAUCUUCCAUCGUAAGAAAAACCUGCAGUAUUACGACAUCUCUGCGAAGUCCAACUACAACUUUGAGAAGCCCUUCCUUUGGCUGGCACGCAAGCUGAUUGGCGACCCUAACCUUGAGUUCGUCGCCAUGCCCGCCCUCCUGCCCCCUGAGGUACAGAUGGACCCACAGUGGCAGCAACAGAUUGAAAACGACCUCCAGGAAGCCUCCCAGACUGCCCUGCCUGAAGAUGAUGAGGACCUGUGAGGCUGUGAGGCUGUGGGCUGGAGGAGGAGGAGGAGGAGGAGGAGGAGGAGCAGCAGCUGGAGGUCUGAUGUUGUAUUGCUUGGCUUGUCUGAGUGUGUGAGAGUGAGGUGGUGUGGCUGAGUGUGUGUGUGUGUGUGUGUGUGUGUGUGUUUGGGGGCGAGUUUGUGUGUGUGUGUGUAUUUUUGGUUACAUUUGGUUAGGGUGUAUGUGUGCGUAGACAUAUUCCAUUGUGUGUGUGUGUGUGUGUGUGCGUAAGAGAAAAAAGUAAAAAAGAAAGAAUGAAAGCAAAAAAAAAUUUGAGUGUCUGUCUGUCUGUCUGUCCCAUUAGGCAAAUUCCAUGUAUGUAUGAGUGUAUGUAUGUGUCUUUAUGUAUGUAUGUAUGUAUGUAUGUAAUCUGCUUAGGCCUAUUCCAAUUAUGUAUCCUGGGCCUAGUUUUAAUAGCGUGUCUGUCUGCCUGUCUGUCUGUGUGUCAAGCUAUCUACAAGAGUGACCUCAGGAAGAAAAGGGAAUAUAUACCAUUAUGUACUGUUGACCUUGACCUCUUGACCUUAAGGCUGCCUGUGUACUCCUGCCGAAAUGAAAGUUACCCUGAAAAAUGCGCAUAAAAAUAAUAUUCUUUUUUUUUUCUUUUAUUAUUUCCUCGUCUUUCUGAAUAGCUUUGGUACUAUUACUACUACUAUUACUACUACUACUACUACUACUACUGCUGCUGCUGUUAUGCUGCUACAAUUGCUGUAAAGAAACAAUUGAGUGAAUAAAGAUGAAAUAUAUUUGGCUAUUGUUGAUUUUAAUGUUAGGUAAUUGUCAUUCGCUCUCUCUCUCUCUCUCUCUCUCUCUCUCUCUCUCUCUCUCUCUCUCUCUCUCUCUCUCUCUCUCUCUCUCUCUCUCUCUCUCUGUCUCAGCAAGUUAGGCAGGAAUUUCAUUUUUUUGUAAUAAAGACGAAGAAAUCA